UCUUCUUUCCAUCUGGUCGACUGAGACCUCAAUUGCAUUGUCACUCUUUCAUCCCUCUCACCAUCUCUUCUCCAGGCCGUCUUUUCUUUCAUCCCAUUCCUUCUUUCCACCUUCCUGCUUCUUCCACCCCUUCGAAAAGUGCCAUGCAGUAGAUCUCUGGCAUCCACACCCUCCAUUCCCUUCUCCCAAACUUGCUCCUUUCUGUAUCCAGUCUCGGCGACGCGGGUCGCUUCCGAGAGGCAGGUCCCUCUCAACUUGCACGACCAGAGACGCUCGCUCUCCAGCGCAUAAUCUCUUCUGACCAUUUAAUCUCUGUUCGCAAAAGAUCCGACCUACCACCCUGUCGCUUGGUCCCAUCAUCGCUGGUCGAUUCCCUCGCAACUCCCGUUCUCCAGGAAAACUUUCGAUCCCUCUCUAUACUAAGCAUUCCCACAAUGCGAACAACAGCACUCGGCCUCCGGCGUGGUGCCAUGAGCACUGCUGAUCGCGCCCGUGCCAACUGCGGCUGGCAGGACGAUUUCACGGCGGAUGCAGAAAUCAGAGGCAUGAUGGACAGCAGCUUCACCCUCAUUUCCAAACACGACGACGUGGGCGCCCUUGCGAUUCCCGGCAAAGCCUUUGAUCUCGACCUCGAUUGCGACAUCCACGCGGGCAGUUCGGCUGCCAACCCAUUCUCGAUGUUUGCCUCUGAGCACGCCUCGCCGCUCAUGGAUACAUGCUCGCCGCUGAGCCAGAUUAGUAGCACUCCCUCAUCCAACGGCUCCAGCACCGGCGACAGCUUCGACAUGGGUGGUAGUGGUGGCGUUGCCGCCAGCGAGCAGUCGCUUUCCCGUCUGAGCGAGAGCGCCGGCAUGGCGCGCCUGCUCAACUUUGAGCGCGUCGCCCCAGUCCCAGGCACCAGCGACAAUGAAGAUGAAUUCAUGAUGGACCUUGCGGCUAAAAGGAAGAAGAGUAGCACAGGAAACAGGAGCAAACACGUGGACAAAGCGGCUGGUAGGACGCUCAGACUUGUCGACCGCCAUCUGUCGCCCUCCGCGGACCUUGGUGUUGUCGCGCUUCUCGGCGCAGGGUCCGGGGGCAUGAACGGCAGGCUUGUCGCGCCGCGCGGCGAUGUCUCGACUGCAAGCGUGGGCAGCGCCAAGGCGAGCUUGAAGGGAAAGAGCAGAAGCCACAACGCCCUUGCUGAUAUGAUUGGAAGCAGCGCUGCUACCAGUGGUCAAGGCCGGGAAGCAGCCGCUGCAACUGCAGCAACUGCAAUAGCGGUUGCAACAGGCAGAAACGGCAGCUUUGGGCCAUCUGUACGCCUGCGUACUGCUGCUAGUGCCUCGCAGCUUCAGCCUCAAGCAGCGCAAGCGAAAGAGCAUGCGCUCGCAGCAGACAAAGCUUCCGUCCCUUCUGGGACCGCGUUGCCGCCAUCUUCAGCAACAACUUCUGUUGCUGCUGGCUCUGCCCCCGCUGGCUCGCCCGCUGCCACCUCAGCGCUCUUUUCCCGUCGUGCCAGUACGCGUAGCGCCAAAGGCGAGGGCCCGCUCGUUGCACCUUCCGUACUUUCCGGUCUCACCCUCGCUUCUUCUCCUACCCCGCCCUCUGGCUCUACUCUGUUCUCUUCCACUACUGCCACCACCCUUACUGCAAACUCGGCACAGUUCAGCCCAAGCAUGGGCCGGCGCAGCAAUGCACUCGCACCCGCAGCCGCCACUGCAGGUGCAGGUACAGCAUUGCUUGGCGCUGGCGAGCCGAAAGGCACAUUGCAGACGCUCAACAGCAAGAGAGGCGAAGCGGAGCAGCAAGGUGUCUUGCUUCUCCAUCACGCGCAGGCGCAGCCACUGAACCAGUCAACCAUCUACCACGCUCGCCAGCAGCAAGAGCAGCAGCCAGGCGGCUUUGUCGCUGCAAAUACGAAGAUUGUCUCGCCUGCAAGCAGCGCUAGCAACAUUUCCUCUGCGGGACCGGAUACGCCGCAUUGGCCGACGGCACAUCUGUUCGGCUUGCCGUCCGAGGCGUUGUAUUCCCCUCAGCAUCAGUAUCAACAUCAGCAGCAACAUCAGCAUCAACAUCAGCAUCAACAUCAGCACAUGGCCGCCGCCGCCGCUGCUAUAGGACCGACGGCAGGUGAAGGACAUGCGCCCUCAGCGCCGGCGCGACACCUCCAGACCAUCAGCCAUGCGCUCUCGCACGGCCACUCUGCCAGCCUCGGCCAUGACAUCGGUGCCUUUCCUGCUGCGGCUGCUGCGAUGGCCGCUGCGGCGCGCAAUGCACCGAGCGGCAGCAUGCCACGUCGUGGUACGCUCUCAAGUGUGGAGGGCAUCGCGGCUGUGCGCGAAGCGUUCGGCCUAGCUGCGGCGCCCCUUUCCUCCCCCUCGUUUGCCGUCCCGCACAGCGCCGGUCCCAGCGUCUUGUCGUUCAACAGCAGCACCCGCGAUCCGAUCAUGUCGCCUUCCCUCGGCUCUUCGGCGCAGUAUUACCACCCGUACGUUCUAAAAGCGCAACAUGAGGCCCAACAGCACAUGCGUCAGAUCCACCCCGUGCAGGUGCAGGCCCAGUCCCAGCCGCAGGCUCAGAUGCAGAUGCCCGUCUCGCCAGACGUGCUCGCAAGCGCGCUUGGCCUGUAUCAACCCGCCUCUGUUGCCAUCUCUGCGCCUGCGUCUGCAGCAGCAGGGGCCGCAUUCGGCUGGCGCGUUCCACAAGUGCCGACGGCAUGGGCCGGCUCGCACGCGAGUGGGAUGGCCCUGGCAGCAAGUCCCAGCAAUUUUGCCACCGCUCUGUCUAGGAAGAUAGGGGGCAGCGGCGCAGGACGCAAGAUCGCAGCGAACAAGCGCGUCGCAUCUCCCCUUUUCAGCGUCAGCGCCGAGCAUGCGGUCGUCCCCCCUCGCGCUGCUGCUGACGCGGUGCAACAGUGGGAGUUUGUCAACUACGGCAUCGAGGAUGCUGAGGAGCUCUGUGCGGCCGUGGCGCCGAGCGGCAGUUACAAAGUGCCGCUGAAAGGCUUUGCCGGCGCCGGCGUUGAUGCCUCCGAGGACGAGGAGAACGAUAAUGAAAAUGAGACUGAGCAGAAAGUCGACUCUGCUACUGCUGCCGCCACCGGUGUUCGCUCUUCAAAGGGCACCAAGACACAGCGCAAGCGCAGCAGUGCGGGAAGCCUCGGCGGAAGGGCGAGCCUGUCUCACAAGCGCAGUCGCUCUAUCCUCAAUUAAACUCUAGGUUGUGCAAUGGUAUAUUGCCCGCCUAUUUCCGCCCCACAAUGUAGUCUAGUCGCACAGCAGCGUUCAAUCGGGGCUUUGCAGAAUAUACAUAUCUUCGUAAAUCAGACGUCGUGUGGAACCAAC